GAUGGAGAUAAGGUUUGAGCAUAGACUACGUUUUGCAAAUACACCCUAAGCUCAAUGGUGUACAUAUUUUCUGCCCGCUACUAAAUUCACAUAUUGAUUAAAGUAAAGUCGAACGAACUGAAGGUAUUGCAUUUAUUAACGUGAAUAUACCAGAGACAUUUGUUCUCGCGCUUAAUACUGGAGAAAAGGUUAUUAGAGAAGGGGGAUUAAAGUUGUAAUAUAUUAUGCGAACAUCUCUCUGUACAGGUGGAGACGAACAGUUGAUUUGUUAUUGUAUACAUGAACAGGACACUGGUAAACUUACUAAAAAUUCAAUAGGGAAAAUUUUCCCGUGAACGCAAGUACGAUAGUAAACUCGCGUUUUUUGUCAAGUAUUUAUUGUAAACGAACGUGAGUGGCUGGAAUGCAUAUUUAUUCCACUGGAUUAUAUCGCAACAACCGCUGAAGGAAAUAGAUAGAUGAAGUCAGAAGCAAGUUAAAAAUGUCGGAUAAAGUCGCACCUUUGACGAAUGGGUGUCCUAAAGAAAAUCAAAAUGCCAAACCUCCCGAUUGUCAACAAGCAACAUCUUGUUGCAAACGACAAACCUCAUUAGAAACGGGCAAUGGAGACACAAAAAGACCAUUAUGCCCAAUUAUGGCUAAAAUGGCGGAUUCUAUUAAAGAAAACGGCAAAAAUGACACACAGAAUAAUGUGACAGUAAAAACAUCUACUGAAGAAGCAUGUAAUUCAUGCAACAAAACUUUACCAACGAAACCUGUAAGAUCAACGAGUGGAUACGCCUUGUGUCAAGACUCCAAUGUGGGGCGUACUUCAGGGAACAGAAAGACCAGUAACAUAUCAAAUAUAUCAAUGACGUCAUCAUCAGCUGGCUCUGAUGAGACGGAUGAGAAGAAGCUGGACCUGAGAUGCCUUAUAGAGAGUGUAGGCACACUUCUUAUACCAGUUACUGAAUUCAUGUACAGAGCGUUAAACAAUCUACUUACAAAGAAAGAUCCGUCCAAGUUGCAACAAUUAAAGUCUACAUGUACGUCUGCGGUUGAGCUCGAAGACAAAAUGGAAAACUUAUAUCUACGACAUAAACCUCUAGACGAAUAUUUCGUUUUAGACUUAAUCAAACACUCUGCUCAAAUUCUUCAAAUAAACGAAAAUUGUUUACUGCGGCAACUUGGUGAAGAAUACUUUCGUCUGUGCCUUUUAGAAUAUGGAGAUGCCAUCGGGAUGAUGGGGAGCAAUAUUCUUGAAUUCUUCAGCAAUCUCGACGGAUUACAGACAUAUAUUACCUCAUCUGAGAGAUUCAAAUCACAAAUUCCCCCUUCUUCUAGAUGUGAAUACGAACAUAACAACAUGAUAUUGCAUUUUUAUACAGACAAAAGACAACUUUUAGAAUAUUAUGCCGGCAUUGUUGCAGGAAUUUCUAAAUAUUUAUUUCAAAGGGAAGCGGAAGUGUCUGUUACUUGUAGCAAUACUCCUGGUUCAUUACAUCAUAUUAUAAAUGUUAAGGCUGAAGAACAAAAGACCAUACCAGACUGUCAAAUGUGCUCUAAGCAAGAAAAGACUAGCAAACUAGCAUCCGACAGUAAAAUUAGCACAGCGACAUUUUGCAAAACAUUUCCCUUCCAUUUUAUAAUUGACAAACAUCUUGAUAUUAUACAAAUAGGUGAAGCACUGUGUAAACAUGUGAAUAUGGCGAAAUCGUCAAGUAAAAAGAAGCUAUCGUUACAUUUUGAAGUGAUUAGACCAAAAAUUGACCCACUUACAUACUCAGCAUUGCUCUCACAUGUAAAUUUCACUUUCAAUCUCAGGACCAAACAGACAGACAAACAUUGCAAGACACAGUCGAUGGAACUGAAAGGUCAGAUGAUUCAGUUACAAGAAAUUGAUGGCAUCCUCUUCUUGGGCACACCAAGUGUAGAAAAGCUAGAUGAACUGAUAGAGAAGGGCCUUUAUAUUUCUGAUCUACCGAUACAUGACGCAACCCGUGACGUCAUACUUGUAGGGGAACAAACAAAGGCGCAGGAUGGGUUACGCCGACGUAUGGAAGACUUGAAGAGAAACAUUAUGGAGGCAAGUGCUGCUGUAGAAGAAGAAAAGAGGAAGAAUGUAGAGCUACUCCGUAUGGUUUUCCCAUCUAACAUAGCUGAAAGGCUUUGGAGAAAUGAGCGUAUAGAGCCACAGUGUAUAGAAGAUGUGACGAUAUUGUUUUCCGACAUUGUUGGCUUUACGUCAAUCUGUUCUUCAUGUACACCAAUGGAUGUCAUCAAUAUGUUGAAUUCCCUAUACACGAAUUUUGACAACUGUUGUGGAUUCCUGGAUGUGUACAAGGUUGAAACUAUUGGAGACGCAUACUGUGUUGCGGCAGGUCUACAUAGACCAUCAAAAUACCAUGCGAUGCAAAUUGCAUGGAUGGCCAUUAAGAUGAUGGAAUAUGCUAGUCAACAAAAAUCUCAUGAUGGAAAGGUUAUUCAGAUGAGAAUUGGUUUGCACACGGGUAAUGUACUUGCAGGUGUUGUUGGGGUAACUAUGCCUAGGUACUGUUUGUUCGGGAACAAUGUCACACUUGCCAAUAGGUUCGAAUCUGGCAGUGAAGCCACCAAAAUCAAUGCAAGUCCUACAACAGCAAGAUUAUUACAAGAAGGUUUCAAACUGACGCCUAGGUCACGUGAUUGUCUACCAAAAGGCUUCCCAACAGACAUUGAAGGAACAUGUUAUUUUGUGGAAUCCUAUAAGUUCCCUCACACAGAGCUCCAAAAUGAUCUUACCACUGACAAACAUAUUGAACUUGCUGUGAAACAUUACAAAAUAAAUGAGGUCGCCUAGGCGUAAAUGUCAUUACAUAUUGGUGUGUUGAUAAAUGUGAUAUCUCUGAAGUAAGGGGAAAGAAAAAAAGUCAAGUUAAAGGUGUUUGUUAUAGUUACAUAAAUAUAGACACAUUGGCUGAAUAAAAACGUAUAAUAGAAUUUAUUUAAACUUUGCUUGAUUUUUGAAUAUUAUAUCAUAUUCCAAGAUCACGCAAAGUUUAAAUGAAAUAUAUUAUACAAGUUUCAUUUCGGCAUUGUGUCUAUAAGUCUAUAAAAGAAUAAUUCUUUAAUUGUGUAUUAUAACAAUACUUCAUUAUAUGCAAGUUUGUUUUCGACAAUCAGAAUACACUUUAUCUUUUUAUCUUUGUAUUUAUCUUCUCUAAUGAUUGUGAUGUUAACAAUUGUAAAUUUGAUUUACUCCAUAACAUUAAAUGCACGAGUAUCACCACCUUGUUUUUUACCUCUCUUCUUAGAUUUUUAUUUAUGUCUCACAUAUUAUUGUUGUAUAAAAAGUCUAAAUAUACAAUACUGAUAUGUUUAUAAGAACCUUAAAGAGCUGAAGGAAUGUGAAACAUUAAGUGGUUAAUUUACUCGAUUAUGAACCCCUCGAUGAAAUAAUAAUAAUGAUAAUAAUACUUCUAUAUUUUUACAAGUUUAUAAUCGUAUAAAAUACAUUUUAAGUCGCUUCAAUAUUUGUAUGAUACAUACAAUUGAUAUCUGAACAAGUCUGCUUUGGUAAUUUUAAUUUAAAGCAAAUAUUUAAAGUGAAAUGUAUAUUAAUUGCUUUUUAUAUUGAUUACAUUUUCAUCUAUAACAAACAAGUAUACAAAACAGAGUAUAUAUGUAAUUUAAAGCUGAGUAAACAUGUAUACGUUAUAUCUACACCUAUACAAUAUAUUAUAAUAUUGAUUAUGAAAGACUGCUUAAGAUAAAUUCAUGAGUUAAAAUAAAAAAAAUAUAUAUCACAAGAAAAAUAUAAAUAUAACUAUGUCGGUGCUAUUUUAUGGACUUAUAAUGAAUAAUACAUAUUAUUCUGAAUUAUAUUAAUUAUUAUGUUUGCAAGAAUCUACUUUUCAAAACAAAAAAUAUACAAUUCAAUAAAAUCAUAAUAAGUGUUAUUUACAAAUACAACAAAACUUCACAAUAAAAAAAAACAUUCUAAGAAAUUUAAAUAAAAGCCAAAAAUAUCUCUAUGUCUUUAUUUUGAAUACAUUCAGAUGAACCAAUGUAAUCUGGUUGUUAUUUUUACAUUAUUAUCUCCUUUUUUCAAUUACAGCGACCCAAAUAUCUUU